AUGGCGGUGGAACUGGAUGCCGACGCGGUGCGGCACGCCAAGGUCAAGAUGAUAUUUCACAAGUUUGACCAUAAUAAAGACGGCGGACUAGACCGUUCGGAAAUGGCUGGUCUCGUCAUAGCAGUCAACCCCAAGGUCAAGUUUAAGGAUGAGCAGAUUGAGGCUAUUCUAGACGAGGUAUUUAAGACUUACGGGGAAUACAUUACUGAAGGCGUCGGUUUGUCAUUCGAGGGUCUUCAGCAGACCUACGACGACGGUGCUGGUGACGUAGACAGAGAUUUCGAGGCUCUCAAUCUUGUCCUGGACAUGCCCACUCCGGCUCCUCUUCCUGCAAUUCCCGCUGUUCCCGAGCCUCCUGCUGAGGUUCCUGCCGAACCUGAACCUCCCGCUCCAGUGGAGGAGGACAAGGGAGGAUUUAACUACUUGUCCACAAAGCACAUGGUGGAAGCCCUCGAGGCGCUCAUCCAGCAGCAGCCACGCGCACAAGACAACCCUAACAACGUUCUCAGCAGCCCUGCGUUCACGAAAUCCGUCGCGGACCUUCGCUCGCAGUCGGAGAGCUUGUUACCCGUCGCAGCCGUCGUGGAGGCGAACAUGGCGAUGGGUCGCGCGCUGAUGAAGGUCGGUCGCACGGAGGAGGCGAAGCCGUCGUUUAUGCGUGUCGUGGAGAUUGAGCCGCAGAACGUUCGCGCGUACUUCCUUUUGGGGAAUGCGCAUUACAGCAUGGGACAGCUGGCUCAGGCGCGGGAUGCGUACAGCCAGAGCCUCGAGGCGGGGAAAGCGGACCCCGAAGCGCACGCGACCAUCCUUCCUCAGGUGCACGUAAAUCUGGGUAUAGCGAUGGAGGCGGAGGGUUUGCUGAUGAACGCGUGCGACCACUACCGCGAGGCGGGCAUGCUGAACCCGCAUCACCACCACGCCAUGAAGCUGCUCGGCAGCGCGCUCUACGGCCUUGGCGAGUACCGCGAGGCGGAGGAGGCGCUGCAGAAUGCGUUGUAUCUGGACCCCAAGUACGCCGACGCACACUGCGACCUGGGGUCGACGCUGCACGCGCUGGGGGACGACGUGCGCGCGGGGCAGGCGUUUGAGCGCGCGCUGAGUCUGGCGCCGGACCACGUGGACGCGCUCUACAACUACGCGGGGCUGCUGCGCGACACGGGCCAGUUCGACGCCGCCGUGGACACCUACUCCAAGGUGCUCGCGCUCAGCCCGGGGCACUGGCAGGCGCAGCUCAACCGCGCCGUGUCGCUGCUGGGCGGCGGAAAGGGGGAGGCGGCGCAGCGCGAGCUGGAGGCGGCGUAUCGGCUGACGAACCGCGUGGAGCUGUACGAUGCGGUGAAGCAGCUGAAGCGGCUGUACAAGGAGAACAAGAAGAUGAGCUCCGCGCUCGCCAAGCUGCCGGAUCGGGGCGGGGAGGGCGCGCAAGGGGGCGCGGUGGAGGGGAGUUUCGUGGUGUUGGAUCCGGCAAGAAUGAAGGGCAGCGGCCCCACGGUGUGCAAUCCCACGGAGCUGGCCGUGGCCCUUGACGUCCGCGCCUACCAGCGCCACACGCGCCUCUCCAAGGUGCCGGUGGCAGCGCUGCGCGCCGAGCUCUCAGAGGCCAACUUUGAGGCGGCCCCACGCGAGCGAAUGGUACGAAAGGCAGCCAUCGAGCUGCUGCUGCGCCAGAUGCUGCCAGAAGCGCUCCCCCCAGAGACCUUCCAGCAGGCCGUCCGCGCCCUCAACGAAAAGGUCAUCUCGGCCGUCGAAACCGGCGGCGGCGCGGCCGCGGCAGCCGUUGAUUUGGGGCUGUUUCUGGCGAUCGUGGCGCUGCUGUGCGACGGGGCGGUGCCAGAGAGGAAGCUGGUGGCGUUUGAGGCGCUGCAGUGGCGGCGGGGGCGGCCGGAGGGCACCGCGGGCAAGAUCAUGCGGCGCGACGCGGUGGGGUUUGUGCAGCUGGUGCGCGAGAUCUACCUGCCGGGGCAGCCGCCCAUGCCCGAGGAGGACAAGGGCGGCGAGGAGGGCGUGCCGGAUGUGGGGCUCGAGCAGUUUCAGACCCUCGUGGAUGAUUAUUUCCCCAUUCUCUACACCCUACGCAAGCUGGAGGUUUACGAUCGUACCCGACACCUGGGCAUGUCGUGCGACGUGUGUCGAUACGCCAUAGUCGGGCUGCGCUACCGCGAGACCAAGUCGCGUUUCGACCUCUGCGCCACGUGCUACAGCGAGAGGAAAGCCCCUGCCAAGCAUGCAGGCCCCUCUCUCCUGUCGUCACGAAACCGCGUGUUCACUUUUGCCGAAUACGUGACCGGGACGGAUAAGGUGAGGGAGAAGUUUGGGCUAUAUGGAAGGACGCUGGCUAAGACACCGACGACUAGAGGAGGGGCCACGGCAGGAGCAGGAGGAAUGGCAGGAGGAGUGGGAGGAGCGGAAGCAGGUGGUGGUACUGGGGUGAGUGGGGGAGGUCAAGCGGAGGCGUCACCAGAUGCAGAGGCUUGA